AUGUCUCCCCUCAAUAAACCCAUUGCUCCAAACUCGACACUUGCAACUACUGCAAGCUCAAAUCAAAGCGGAUCCAAUGAUUUCGUCAAGAAGUUGUUCUUGAUGCUACAAGAGGAUAGCUAUAAAGACGUUGUUCGAUGGACACAGAGUGGGGAUAGCUUUGUUGUUAUAAAUACCAACAAUUUCACCAAAAAUAUACUACCACGUCAUUUCAAACAUUCCAAUUUUGCCAGUUUUGUACGACAAUUGAACAAGUAUGAUUUUCACAAGGUUAAAAUUCCAAAUGAGGCCAAACUGUCCUAUCCAUAUGGUGAAGAUGCUUGGGAAUUCAAACAUCCAGAUUUUAGAAUGAAUGAUCGUGUCUCAUUGGAAAAUAUCAAAAGGAAGGGGCCUUCAAGUAAAAAGAAUAGUAAACAAAUUCCAAAUGGCUCAAAAACCAAACUAAAGGCUGAUACAGGAAUUGUAAAACGCGAGAAUUCAAAAGAGGCAGAUCAAAGUGGGGUUAAUGAGCACAGUAAAGCAGAAGUUGUGGAGGAAACUGAAGUCCAUGAACAUUAUGACGAACGUAUUAGUCAGCUCACUUCGAGUCAAAAUAGGUUAACCAAUCAAAUCAAUCAUCUCAAAGACACGAAUCAAAUGUUAAACCAAGAAAUAAGCAUACUACAAAGGAAGUACCAAACAUUGGUUGAACACAUUGUUUCCAUAAACUCGUUCAAUGAGAGAUAUUACCGAUCAAUUGGUGUUUUGCUCAACUCUUUGGUACAAGCUGGAAUCAAGGUACCACCAUUGGAUUUCCCUCCUCCGAACACAGGACCAUUUCAGUUUCAAGAGCCAAAUUCCAACUCAACAUCGUCCUCAUUUCCAAUGUCGCUGAACUCCUUGCCUGCCUCAUCUUUGCCCAGCAUAUCUCAACAUUUGCAACUGCAAUCCCCUCGUGUAAACAAUUUACAAUCACCACUAAUUCCACCAACUCAAUCAGGCUCCCCUCGCUUGCCGAUUCCUCAAUCGGCAACGGCAUCAUCAGCGGCGGCAAAUGCGCAAGCACAAUCGUCCUUACUUGGUCUGAACAACAGGGCCUUGUCAAUCCCCGGAGGCAGACCUGCUCCAACUUCGUUUGCAGCAACAAGCCCCAUUAGUGGGUUGGCAUCUUUGAGUCGACUGCUGUCCAUUCACCAACUUCCACAACCAUCGUUUCCUCAAGAUAAAGCUUCAGUAGAAGCCAAUGAUUCGCGCGCUAUCGCCAUGCUUCAAAAACGAAACAAAUCUGAUAACAACUCCCCGUCAGGUGAGGCGAGUAUAUUAAACAACCCGGACCUGUCCCUGCUCAAUAACAGCAACCAUCUUCCAACAUCAAGUGAGUUUAUUCAACCAUCCCCGUCUAAUAAGCCUUUAUCUCCAAUGACUAGUACAUCCGCUUCACCAAGUGGCAAUGUUCUUCCACAAAUUAGCACCACAUCAAUUUCUAAUCCGAAAUUUCAUGUUCUUUUGGUUGAAGAUGACAAUGUUUGUAUACAAUUGUGCAGAAAGUUUUUGGUCAAAUAUGGAUGCCAGGUUACUGUUGUUACCGAUGGGCUAAAUGCCAUUUCCACAGUCGAGAGUACCAAGUACGAUUUAGUUUUGAUGGACAUUGUUAUGCCUAAUUUGGAUGGGGCUACUGCAACCAGUGUCAUUAGAUCUUUUGACACAAGGACGCCUAUUAUUGCCAUGACCGGAAACAUAGAAGACAAUGAUUUAGUCACGUAUUUGCAGAAUGGUAUGAGUGAUAUUUUAGCAAAGCCAUUUACCAAGGAUGAUUUGUAUUCCAUACUUGCAAAGCAUUUGUUGAAGGACGAGAAAAUCGACGAGGAGCCAUUAAGUAAGAAACAAAGAUUAGAGUAA